ACACAGCAUUUCUCAUCUCUUCCUCUCGACUACGACUGAACUGAAUCAUGUCUGGACGCGGAAAAGGAGCCGGCAAGACCAGAGCGAAGGCCAAGACCCGCUCCUCCAGGGCCGGGCUCCAGUUCCCCGUCGGCCGUGUCCACAGACAUCUGAGGAAGGGCAACUACGCCCAGCGUGUCGGUGCCGGAGCUCCGGUCUACCUGGCGGCGGUGCUCGAGUACCUGACCGCUGAGAUCCUGGAGCUGGCCGGUAACGCGGCCCGCGACAACAAGAAGACCAGGAUCAUCCCCCGUCACCUGCAGCUGGCUGUCCGCAACGACGAGGAGCUCAACAAGCUGCUGGGCGGAGUCACCAUCGCUCAGGGCGGCGUGCUGCCCAACAUCCAGGCGGUGCUGCUGCCCAAGAAGACAGAGAAGCCCGCGAAGAAGUGAAGACCCCCGGGACCGACUGACCAACACAACGGCUCUUUUAAGAGCCACACACCCUGAACCAGAGAGAAGCUGCUUCCUGCACUGAUAUUCAUAAUCAUACCAGACUUCUGCUCCAGUCUGUUAAUUAAAACAUAGAACAUACA